GAAAAAAUGGAGUUAGCAUGUCCAUGUGAAGAUGACCCACAAUCUUCAAUUUCUCACCAAAAGAUGGACUCCAUUUCUUAAAUAACGGUUGGUCAGUUAUAAAUUCAGUUACCCACCUCUUCCAUUCUUCAAUUCUUCUUCUUCUUCUUUUUCUUCUUCCUCUUUCUUCUCUUUCAGAAUCAUGUCUCUGCUUUUCCACCUUCUCUUUCUUCUCUUCUUAGGUAAUGUAGCAUCUGCCACGGUAUUUUCUCUCGAGAAUCAUUGUAGUUACACAGUUUGGCCGGGUACGCUUUCCGGCAACGGCGCCGGCAUUCUCGGUAAUGGCGGUUUCGCCCUGCAGCCCGGUUCGUCGGUCCAUCUCACAGCUCCUUCCGGCUGGUCAGGCCGCUUCUGGGCCCGGACCGGAUGCACCUUUGACGACUCCGGCGCCGGAAAAUGCGCCACCGGAGACUGUGCCGGGGGACUUAAAUGCACCGGCGGAGGAGUCCCGCCGGUGACGCUGGUGGAGUUCACGAUCGGAAGCUCCGGCAACGGUAACAAGGACUUCUACGACGUGAGUCUCGUGGACGGUUACAACGUGGGAAUGGGAGUGAGGGCUACUGGGGGAACCGGUGACUGCAAGUACGCGGGGUGCGUGGCGGACCUGAACGGCGCGUGUCCAGCGGAGCUUCAGGUUAGAGACGGGGGCGGCGCGGUGGUGGCGUGCAAGAGCGCGUGCGCGGCGUUUAACACGGCGGAGUUUUGCUGUACCGGCGAGCACGGGUCGCCGGAAACGUGUUCGCCUACACAUUAUUCGGAGAUUUUCAAGAGUGCGUGUCCAACAGCUUACAGUUACGCAUACGAUGAUGCUUCCAGCACUUUCACAUGUUCACAAUCUGAUUAUGUUAUCACUUUCUGUUCAAUGGGAUCAUCAUCUUGAUCAUUAUUAACAUGUGCACAUUUUCAUACCUCUUUUUUUUUUUUUUUUUUUUUCUG